GUUUAUCAGGAUGAGAUAUUAUUAGGUACAGUAUCUAACGGAUAUGGCAUUCUUCUCCUAAAUUUGUGCUGCAAGUUCAAGAUCAAUUAAAACUGCAAACUCCUCUGUUCUGCUUUCAUGGCGGAUUCAGACAAUGAGUCUGGUGGUGACGGUGGUGGUAACAAUGAAUUUUCUCAGAGGGAACAAGACAGAUUCUUGCCUAUAGCAAACGUGAGUAGAAUAAUGAAGAAAGCAUUACCAGCAAAUGCAAAAAUAUCAAAAGAUGCUAAAGAAACAGUACAAGAAUGUGUAUCAGAAUUUAUUAGUUUCAUUACAGGUGAAGCAUCUGAUAAAUGUCAAAGAGAGAAAAGAAAAACCAUCAAUGGUGAUGAUCUUUUGUGGGCUAUGACUACUCUUGGGUUUGAAGAAUAUGUUGAACCACUCAAAAUAUACCUUCAGAAAUUUCGUGAAAUGGAAGGUGAGAAAACUUCUUCUACCACGGGUAGUAGACCUGACAGAGAUGGGGGGUCAGGUGGUGGUGGUGGUGGUGGUGGUGGUAAUGCUAGUGGGAAUUCUAUGGGUGGUUUUGAUGGAAGUGGUGGAGUUUAUGGUGGCGGAAAUCAACCAGGUGGUAAUAAUAUGUUGAUGAUGAUGGGUCAUCAAGGACAAGUGUAUGGUACUGGUUCAAUCUAUCAAAGUGGCGGCGGAGGUGGCGGCGGCGGCGGCGGUGGGUCCGGGAAAGGAAGAUGAUUUUCUUCUUUUUUUUUCUUGUUUAGGAGGGGAGAAUGCUUCUGAAUAUAUAUUUAACUUUAGAGUUAAAACUGUCUAAAGCAGGCUUUUCUUUUCUCUUUGUCCAUGAAGCAUUUGUUAUUUAUUUGUAAAAUCGUUAAGAAAAGAUUGAAGAAAAUGAAACAUCUGGGAAUUUUAUAUGAAGUGUGAAAAUAUUGCGGAAGAACAAAA